GUUCUCCUGAUCCCAGCCAGUCCCAGACCGUCAACCCCACACACUGACUGACUUCAGUCUUGACUACGACUCUUCAGUGGAAGGCAGGGAACGACCAGCAGCAGCCAUGGGUCCAGAAGCAGUCAACAACGUCAUCCUGUUGGCUGACUGUUACAAGGUAUCUCACCAUCUGCAAUACCCGCCGGGAAUCACGAAGCUCUACAGCUACUUCGAGUCAAGAGGGGGAAAAUUUCCCUACACGGUGUUCUUUGGACUGCAGUACAUCCUGAAGAAAUGGUUGGUGGGCCAGGUGGUCACGAAGGAGGUCAUCCAGGAAGCUAAGGAGAUCUACGGCGCCGCCGUCAUGGCCGACGACCUGUUCAACGAAGAAGGGUGGAACUACAUCUUGGAGAAACACGGCGGUCACCUCCCUGUUAGAAUCAAGGCGGUGGCAGAGGGCUCGAUAGUGCCCGUCAAAAAUGUCCUAUUCACUGUCGAGAAUACCGAUCCAGCCGUCCCCUGGUUGACGAAUUACCUCGAGACCAUUUUAGUGCAGGCCUGGUAUCCCAUGACGGUGGCCACCAUUUCGAGGAUCCACAAGCAACUCAUCCACCACUACAACCAAAUCUCCUCCGACGAUCAGUCUCUCGUCUCAUUUUCCCUCCAUGACACUGGCUACCGAGGAGUCUCUUCAGUGGAAACUGCUGCCAUUGGUGGUGCUGCCCACAUGAUCAAUUUCAAGUCCUCAGACACCAUUGCUGGGUCGUGUCUGCUGAGGAAGUACUACCACGUGGAGGGCGUUGCCGGGUUCUCGGGUCCUUUCUCCGAACAUUCCACCGUCACUAGCUGGGGACGAGAGAGAGAAAACGAAGCUCACAAGAAAAUGCUCAAAUCAUUUAUGGGAAGAAAGUUUGGCUGCGUGGUCGACUCCUACAACAUUUGGGAAUGCCUGGAGAAGACCUUUGGCCAAGAACUGAAGGACCUGGUCAUUGAGAAUGGCAGCAAAGGUGGGAUGGUAGCCAUCAGACCGGACAGUGGAAACCCAACUGAAGUUGUGUUGAAAUGCCUUGAGAUCCUGGAGAAAGCCUUUGGGACCGAGAAGAACUCGAAAGGUUACAAGGUUUUACCCGAGUACAUCAAAGUAGUCCAGGCUGACGGCAUCAACUACCAAGCUUUGGCGUCCAUACUGAAAGCCAUGGAAGAAAAUGGCUGGGCAGCCAACAAUGCUUCAUUUGGAGCAGGAGCUGCGCUUCUGCAGAGGAUAGACAGAGACACCCAGAGGUGUGCCUACAAGUGCAGCAUGGCUGAAGUCAACGGAGAGGACAUCGAAGUUUUCAAGCAGCCCAUCACUGACCCAGGGAAGCGCAGCAAGAAGGGUCGACUGGCUCUCCAUUGCACGGACGGUGUUUACACCACCGUCAAGGCCUCAGAAUCGAGCGAAGAACAGGACCAGCUCGUGACUGUCUUCGAGAACGGCGAACUCCUGAAGGACUUCACAUUCGAGGAGAUCUGCCAGAGAGCAGAAAUAUCAGGCCACGACAUCGACAUCCUGAAGUUCAUCGCGGAGGACGCUUCCGAGUAGAAGACUCUUCUGAAUGGAAAGAGUUUUCACGCGGGAAAUUCCUCUCCGGUUGAGUAGAAAAGUUAAACGCAAAAGGUUUUUCUUGGCGGAAGGUGUGCUCGAGUAGAGUAAGCACUUAGAUACAGUAAAAGUUGCUACUAAGUAGAUGAUGUCAAUAGAAGAGUAUUUUCAGUAAGUGUUUCAGAGUAUCAAAUUUUUCUGUGUACAAAGUAGCACUUUGUAGAAGCGAAACGUAUUGACAUCAACCAGAAGCCAGUUUUUAAUGAUGUUAGCCAAUUACCCACUGUAGACUCGCAUCUUAUCAGUCGACCAGCACACUUUCAUGGUAGUUCUUGCCAGAUGUUCUGAUCACGAUCCGGGUAUCUAACGGGAUGGCACGACCCAGCUGGUUUUGUCUUGAUGUCAGCCUUUGUUUUAGGUCGUAUCAUCCAAGCCAAGUGCUCAUUCAUGGCUAGAUACAGCAGGGGCCCUCGUCUUGGGCUUGUCCUGAGGCGCGUGCCCUCUGUCAUCCAUUUCUUAUAAAUAAGAGAGAGAAAUAAAGCUGAUAGCUUUA